CGAACUUCUGAUACUGAUAGUCGAGUUGUGACCGCUGAGCUGCGCGCACGCAUUCGGCGCCGCGACGUUACGCCGAACGCGCGCGAUAUCGAAAUUUCAAAUUCAGAAUGAUGCUAGCCGGAGCUCAGAUCGUUGACAGCGGGAGUGUGGCCUAUAGACACAAUAAUGGUGAGAGUGUCGUCCCUCCGUUGCCAACGUUGCCGGCGCCCGCGCAAGCCCCAGGACCCUCUUCCAUUGCGCCGGUGCAGAUGCAGGGCCUGGCCAGGGUGCCCACAAAAGAAGCCGUCGACAUACAGUUCAGUAACAUCACGUGUACUGUCAAACUUGGGAUAAACAAGGGAUAUAAACAGAUCCUCCAUGGCGUCAGUGGUCGCCUGCGGCCGCGGCAGCUCAUCGCCAUCAUGGGGCCGUCGGGGGCUGGUAAAUCUACCCUGCUGGACGUCCUCUCAGGGUACAGAACCACUGGUGUCGGUGGCGCCGUCUUCAUCAACGGCAGAGGGAGAAACAUGAAGCGCUUCAAGCGGAUGUCAUGCUACAUCCAGCAGGAUGACAGGCUGCAGGGACUGCUGACGGUGGGAGAGAACAUGAUGGUGGCCGCUGACUUAAAGCUGCCCACCAAACUGGACCGCUACGAGAAGGGAGAAGUGAUUGAAGAUAUCCUGACAAACCUGGGCCUUUACGAGCACAUGAAUACGCGCGCGUCACAGCUCUCCGGUGGCCAGAGGAAGAGGCUGUCCAUAGCAUUGGAGCUGAUCAACAACCCGCUCAUCAUGUUCCUGGACGAACCUACCACGGGUCUGGAUAGCUCAUCAUGUUCGCAAGUGGUGCAACUCUGCCGGAGUCUAGCGCACCAGGGCCGGACCAUCGUAUGCACCGUGCACCAGCCUUCAGCCAGCCUGUUUGCACUCUUCGACCACGUCUACGUUCUGGCUGCUGGCCGCUGCCUCUAUCAGGGCACUACGAGGAACCUGGUCCCGUAUCUCGAUCAGGCUGGCAUUCCUUGCCCGAUUUACCAUAACCCUGCCGAUUAUAUCAUCGAGUUAGCCAGUGGAGAAUACGGUGAAGACAAGCUCACCCUACUGACCACAAAGGCGGAAAAUGGCAGAGCUCUGGAGUGGUUCGAGCACCCUGACUCCAUUCCUUCCAUGGAGGGUCUGAGGAAGCAGUAUCCUCUCAGCUUGCUGAAGGAGGAAGAUUCACACAACGGGGACGAAGAGACGUCACAAUCUAACCAAAGAUCAGUUCUUAUCAAACGAGGGUUCAUGAAAGCCAAGAGAGACUCGACUAUGACCCACCUCCGGUUGAUGGUGAACGUGGUGGUAGGCAUCAUGUUGGGUGCACUGUUCAUCAACGCCGGCAACGAAGGGUCUCGGGUGCUGGAGAACUACAACUUGCUGUUUGCCAUACUGAUGCAUCAUAUGAUGUCGCCCAUGAUGCUUACCAUUCUCACAUUCCCAUCGGAGAUGUCGGUACUAUCAAAGGAGCACUUCAACAGAUGGUAUUCCCUCGGUUCCUACUAUAUAUCCAUCACUAUAGUCGAUCUUCCAGUGUCGAUAGUAUCGUGCUUCAUCUUCAGCGUGAUAGUAUACACCAUGUCCUCGCAGCCGCUGGACAUCGUCAGGUUCCUCAUGUUCUUCGCCAUCUCUCUGUAUACGGUGUUGGUGGCGCAGAGCGUCGGGCUCAUGAUUGGAGCUGUCUUCAAUGUUGUUAACGGCACAUUCCUCGGGCCAACUCUUUCAGUUCCCAUGAUGAUGUUUGCUGGUUUCGGAGUGACAUUGCGCGACCUACCAUCAUACCUUUACUGGGGAUCUUAUGUCUCCUACUUGCGGUAUGGCCUUGAAGGCUUCAUCGGCGCCAUCUAUGGAUUGGAGCGGCCGAUUUUGGAUUGCAACCAAGCCCUAUACUGCCACUAUCGGUACCCUCGGCAGUUCCUGGAGGAAGUAGCGAUGUCCCCGGAUAUGUUCUGGUGGGACGUACUGGCUUUGACUGUGGCCGUGGUGGUGUUUAGGACCGCAGCCUUCGUACUCCUUAAAUUCAAACUCAGCGCCAUGCGGUAAACUUGGAUAAGUUAUUGUUGCAUGUAGAGGCAGGAAAGUGUGACACGAGGGCUGGGGCGUGGAACUUUGUAUUGAGCAGCAAACAAAAUCUAGACUCGGCUUCGUCCCGUUUUCCUUGCUCUGUAUCAAGCUUAAAGCCUCAUUACAUUACGCGAUACAUCACGCACGAAGCGUUGAAUAUAGGCCUAAAACGUAGGUAUUUCGAAAUCAUGGCCUAUGAUCACAGUGCCCGAUGUAUCGCGUAAUGGAAUGUAAUAAGGUCUAUUUAAUGUUGUACUAAAAACGAAAAACAGACGUUAUAGUUAAUUUUAUCGCUGUAUAUUUGGAGACCAUCCGGUUUGAAAAUUCUGGAAUAUGUCUGGGUUGAGUUGCUGCCGAAAGUAUUGGGAUAUCUACAGAGAGUUUUUAAAGUCUAAUUCAAAUUAGACUUCUAUAUAUAAUUGACUUCUGACUUCUAAAAAUAAUGAAGACUUCUCGACUAGUACAAAUUAGAGGGAAACUAAAGCUUACUCGUAACAUUCGGGUCCCGAAUUUCAAUCGAUAAAUUAAUUUAAAAAUACAUUAACUAAACACUUAGGUAGGCAUGGAAAUUAAUUUAUAGGUAGGUAAAUGAAAGAAAAAAGUGUUACAUGAAAAAAUGUGUGUAUGUUUAUAUAGCAUAAACAGGUUUUCAUAAUGGUAUAGAUGAACGUGCAGGGUUUUAUUUCAUUGUUCUAAUGCUGUGAUAUGAUACUAUUCCAAAACUAUAUUCCAAAAUAAAUAAGGGAAAAUAUCUUGCCAAUAAGCUUUUACUAAGAUAAAUAAAUUUUAGUGUCAUUUCUUUUAUUUUCUGCAGACAAUUAAGGCAAAGAAACAUUGAUAGCAUUAAAUGAACUUAUACAUAAUUAUAAUAUGAAUAUUCGAGAUUCAAUAAUUGAAUAUACAGUAAUUAUAAUUUUGAUGGAAUUUUAGACUUUAUGAGAGAGAAAGUAAGUUCUACUAUAACUAAUAUUUAAAGCAUUCGCCUCACUAUGUCGUGCGCGUAUCGCUAACGCGUGCUGUGUGGCAAAUGGUUUAAAAUACAUGGGAUGACUAUUAGGUUAUGGGUGCUAAUUCUAGUAUGUAUACACCAACUAAUUUUAUUUAAAUUAUAAGUACCUGUCAUUUUUUUAUCCGUCGAGAAGGAAAAGGACGUGUUUUCGACAAGCAUAUAAUGUAUGGAACACACGUUAAUAUUAGGCCGAAAUUUAUAAAAUCCUACCAAAUUUUAAUGUUGCCCAAUAACCCGACAGAAUUAAGUUGAUACCACUCGUCUAACGGGUUGCAUAUCAGCAAGAUGCCUAUUUUAUUAUUUUAUAUAAUUUAUUUAUUCACAUACUUACUGAUUUUAAAAUUAACAGUUGUCAAUCAUCCGUCUCUUUCCUUUUCAGUUGAUUAGAAAAUUAGGGGUAUAACUUAAAGUUAAAUUAGGAGGUGUCUGUAGGAAUCAGGGCCUAAGUAGAUUAUAACGGUUAGCAUUAUUGUUAUGUUUUACAUAAAAUUGUACCUACCUGUAAAGUAGGAUGAAAAUGUACACAAAAAUUUGUGUUAAUAUUUAAUUUAGAAAAUUAUUAUAAAAUAGUUGCUCAAUAAAAUUAUUUAUUUUUAUACAUAGUUUUAAGGAACAAGACAUAAUUACGAACUAUGAAAUAUAAGGUGCCAUGAGAUUAAGAAAAGUUGACAUGAAUAAAAUGAAUUUGUACUUCAUUAAAUUUAAGAUAGAUAAUUGUUUGUUACAUAUAUGAAAAUAAAUAAAAGUUUUAAAAUAUAAAA